UUGAAACGCAACUUGAUUUGAACUUCGACUAAUUGUUAUUUUUUUAUGAUUUGUGUGCAACUGGAUUCGAUAAUUGACAAAAUCAGGAUUUGAGAUGGGUGAGGAUGAACCUUUGGAGCAAGUACUUGAGCAAGGUCAAACUUCACGUCGAAGUGUCAGAAUUGCAGUGAAGAAAACUGAAACUGUUCAACAUGCAGAAAAUGGUAUCACGUCAGCACAGAAAAAGAAAAGUAGUGCAGAGUCUUCAAGUGAUUAUCGGAAGAGAAUAAAGGCAGACCCGGAAAGAUACCGAAACCACUUGGAGUACGAAAACAAUCGUGUAAAGCUAUUCUUGGCCAACCUGACACCAGAAAAGAAAGGGCAGUACCAGAAAGUGACAAAUGAGCGUGUGAGAAAGUGGAGGGCUGAACAGAAGGCUGUGGGAAAGAGUGUUAGCUCAUAUGUUGCACCAAAAACCAGAAAAGAAAAGGAGACAAAAAAAGAACAAUGGAAAAUGCAAAAGGCUACAUGGAGGGUCAACAGAUCUGAAGAACAAAAGGCAGCAGAAAAAGAAAAAAGAAGGCAGAAGUAUCUUGAAAAGAAAAGAAAAAACAUAUAUAUAUAUUGUCUUGAUGAGCUAUGAUAAUUCUAAUAUUUAAUG